AUGGCACCGCGUGGUUUCACGAACCCCGCUCCUAGGACCGAAUCAGCGCGGUCUGCGCUGAGCUCCUUCACCUGCAGCCUGUGCAACAAAUCCUACUCGCGCCACCCAGAAUAUGAAGCACAUAUCGGCUCAUACGAUCACCAGCACAGAAAGCGUUUGCAAGAUCUCAAGCAGUUAACACGUGAUCCAAAUGCCGUCGAGAAGAACCGCCGGGCAGAACGUAAAGCCGAUGCGCAGGCCGGUCUGAAAGUCAUCGAGACUCCUGUCGACAAUGUGAUACCAAGUGGAGGAAGCACGGGGUUCAAGAAGGGAGGUUUUAAAAGCUCAUUCGCCACUGUCAAGGGAGCAGUGGCCCCUACAGCCCCAGUCAAAAAGAACGUUCUAGGAGACGACGAGGAAGAUGAUACCCCGAAACCAAAAGACCAAGAUCCAUCAAAUGUGGGCAGGCCCCAAAAGAUUGAACCUGGUGAUGUGGAAAGUGAAACCGACGAGGAAUACGGCCAAGAAGGAUAUUAUGAUCCUCGCCGGCCAACGGACUGUUUCGCUGGGUGUGUUGCCCAAAAGGUCUGA